AUGGUGAAUACUCCACCUGCUUCUGUUCAUGGUAAUACUCCACCUGCUUCUGUGCAUAAUGAAGAAUCUGAUCAUGACUCUGAUUUUGAAUCAACUAGGAUUAGCAAAUUGGAUUUUGGUCAUCCUUUGUAUUUGCAUGCUAGUGAUACUGUUAGCACUCCUUUGAUUGGAUUUAAAUUGUUAGGAACUGAAAAUUACAAGGUGUGGUCAUGUGCUAUGGAACUUGGUUUGCAAACUAAGAAUAAACUUGGAUUUAUUGAUGGUACUUGCUUGAAAUCAUUUGAUAAUCCUGUGUUAGCAAGUCAAUGGGAUAGGUGUAAUGCUGUUGUGCUUAAUUGGAUACUUGGUUGUGUGUCUCAGGAAUUGUAUUUAGGACAAAUUUUUUCAAAAAAUGCUACUGUUGUUUGGCAAGAACUCAAAGAUACUUAUGACAAAAUAGAUGGUUCUGUGAUAUUCAAUUUGCAUCAUAAAAUAAAUUCAUUCACUCAAAAUGGUGCUUCUCUGUCUGAAUAUUAUCAUAAUUUGAACUCUUUGUGGAGACAGUAUGAUUCUAUGGUUACUUUACCUAUGUGUACUUGUGCUGCUGCUACUACUGUUAAAAGUCAUAAUGAUAUGUUGAGAUUAAUGCAAUUUUUAAUGGGAUUAGAUGAUGUUUACAUGGAGAAGAAUCACACAGGGCAGGGGGUAAAUGGUAAAUCCACUAACACUGCAAAUGCUUUUAUUGCUAAAACAAAAUUUUCUAAGAAUACUAAUGCUAAAACUGGUACUUACAGACCUUCUUUUGAUGCUAAGAAAAGUUUUGACAAUAAUUUUGAAUCUAAAAGAACUUUUGAUACUAAUACCAGAACUUAUAGACCUCCAAAUCCUAAUCUUCAGUGUACACAUUGUAACAAAAUUGGUCAUACAAUUGAAAGAUGUUUUCAACUAGUGAACAAAAAGACUUCAAAUCAGUUUAAUAAGUUUUCAAAUAAUAAUGUUAAUGUUGCUCCUUCUUGUUCCAAAACAAUUGCAUCUCAACCAAUUUCUUCUCAACCUUCUGUGAAUUCUUCUGAUUCUGGUUCUAUACCUGCUUUAACUUCUGAUCAAAUUUCUAAGUUGCUAAGUCUUUUAGAUGUCAAAACUGGAUCUUCUUCUGGUAUGCAUGCUAAUAUGGCAAGUAUAAAUGAACUUCCUUUAUGCAGUAAUUCUUGGUUUAUGAAUUGUGAUUCUACUUUACUAAAGGCUAUUAUUAAAUGGAUUAUAGAUUCUGGUGCAAAUCAACAUAUGACUAUUUCUGAUAAAUAUUUAACUAAUGUUGUUGAUAUAUCUGAUCUGCAACUUAAAAUUGGUCAUCCAAAUGGUACAUCAGCUAUUGUUCAAAAAAUUGGGAAUAUGGUUCUUAAAAAUGGAAUUGUUUUAUAUGAUGUCUUAGUUGUUCCAGAGUAUUGUGUGAACUUAAUGUCUGUUCAUAAAUUGUCUAGAGAUAAUAAUUUGUUCAUAGGAUUUGAUCCUGCUAAGUGUUAUAUUCAGGAUUUACAUCAAAAGAUUCUUCUGGGGACUGGUAGUGAACAAGGUGGUUUAUAUGUUUAUGAUGAUGAUGUUUCUAAUUGUUCUUCUGUGGUAUGUAAUUCUGUGUCUGCUCCUUCUGUUUCUAAACUAUUAUGGAAUUCUAGACUUGGACACCCUGCUGAUCAAGCUUUGUCUAUGUUUGAUAAAAAAACUUAA